UAGUCGCGAAUCCUGAUUGUUUGGGCGCCCACUUCACCGCCGAAUUCUCUGAGUGGACUGUUUCCGGAUACUGCAACGGAACGGGCAUCGAGCCAUCUCGCAACACCUAAGUUAUAGCCAUCGGAAGUUGUGCUCCUCCGUAUCUUGGGCGAGUCCCGCUGCGGCUCGAUCUGUGGACCUCCGGUCAACAUAGUUGGCACACCCACUGUCGCUGUACUCGGAACAAUCGAACACUCGGACUAUCUUCAUCCACAUCCGAGCCGAUGUAUCGUCUCAGAGAUUCAGAUAGUUCAGACUGUGAUAGUUCGGAUGGAGAAACGAGCUGGAAGAGAGCGCCGAGAGAUACUAUCGACAGGCAAACGACCGCCGGGGAUCCCCCUGUCGCGUCUCCGAAACACUCGAGCGGCGCGAGACGGAAAAAUCGCAUUUGGGGAGAUGUCGUCCAAGAAGAGGCGCUCACGAUGAACAUGACGGCUGGGUUCGGCGUUCAAGUUGUGCACAAAGACCUCCGCGAGGAUCGAGGUGUCGAGAGUUACGAUUUCACGAAGGCGCGCUUCGAUCCGAGACCUGCAUUGGAGCCAGUCCCCACUGAAAUCCCGGAGAAGCUCAAGGAAUUGAGAGCGGAGAGGGCGAAAGAACUGCGGAGCCGGCUCGGAGUUCCGGAAGCCAUCGACAAACUCGGACGUGAUCCAACCACCGAUAAGGUCGUUCAGGAGAUCUGUCGGCGAUUGAAAGAACCAAAAUCUGAUCUCAUAGGAAGAGCUGUCAGCGAGAUCGGGACGGACUUGGCUACUGAUUUACUUUACGCUGCCGAAACCAUAGAAGCCAAUGGAGGUCUCAUGAUCAACAAUGGGAGCAGGAGGAGAACGCCCGGUGGAGUGUUCCUGCAUUUAUUACGAAAUGACAAACGCGUCGAUAAAGAAACCGUGGACAGAGUCUUCGAAGCCGAAACGCAAGCAAGGAAGGUUGAAGCCAAAAAGCGCAAGAGAUCGGCGGUGGAGAGAAAAGCCGCGAGAGCAAUUCGUGCUCUCGAGGCUAAGAUGUUCGGCGACAACAACAGCCGAUCCCAGAGCUCGAAUGAUGACGAAGACGAAGGGAUGGAUCGAGCGCCUCCGAAAAAAGUUGCGCCCGCAGAAAGAGCUCGAUCGGGAACGAGCGACCUCGAAGACGGGGAGAUCGACGACUGAGAUGCGGGCAUCAAUGUCCACCGAUUAGCGAUUAGGUAUCAUACAAUAAGUUUGAAUUCAGUGUCCGAUUUCGGCUCUCCAUCGGGCUGAUGGAGAACCGCUGAAUCAGGCCGAACCCUGAAAACGAAUUCAAUGUAUAUGAUGCAUAGAUGUGAUUGUGGUCUGAAUAAAGUUCGGAUCAAUCGGCAUCUUUGUGAAGUCAA